ACACGGCUACACAAAAAAAGCUGUCAUUGUUCACGCAAUCAACAGAAACCAGAAGCCAAGGAAAAAAACACCUCCACAGACGCUCAACGUCGUCGUUUCGAGAAGAAUGUCGUACGACUACCUCUUCAAGUACAUCAUCAUCGGCGACACAGGUGUGGGGAAAUCGUGUUUGCUUCUGCAGUUCACGGAUAAGAGGUUCCAGCCGGUGCAUGAUCUCACAAUCGGAGUUGAAUUCGGUGCUCGGAUGGUUACCAUCGAGGGCCGCCCAAUUAAGCUUCAGAUUUGGGACACUGCCGGUCAAGAAUCGUUCAGGUCGAUCACUAGAUCGUAUUACAGAGGGGCAGCUGGUGCGCUUUUGGUUUACGACAUCACCAGGAGGGAGACUUUCAAUCACCUCGCAAGCUGGCUUGAAGAUGCUAAGCAGCAUGCAAAUCCAAAUAUGACAAUCAUACUUGUAGGAAAUAAAAGUGAUCUUGCUCAAAGGAGAGCAGUAAGCAAAGAGGAAGGAGAACAGUUUGCAAAAGAAAAUGGACUUCUGUUCCUGGAGGCAUCCGCAAGAACAGCGCAAAAUGUAGAGGAGGCUUUCACUAACACGGCCACCAAGAUACUUCAGAAGAUCCAGGAAGGUGUUUUUGACGUGUCAAACGAGUCGUCGGGUAUCAAAAUUGGGUACGGGCGCACCCAAGGUCCAACAGGUGGAAGAGAUGGAGCCGUAGCUCAACGAGGCGGAUGCUGCAGCUGAUUUUGGAUAUAAUUGUAAUUGUGGAUUCGACUAUUGUGCCUCUGUAAUAGGCUAUGCUGAAUUUCUGUGUCACGAAUCAAGAAAUAUUUACAGUAGAACUGUACAGUCAGCCACGUAAAUGAACUCCAAUGACAUCCAGCUGAUGCAUUCUCCAAUGCUAACUUUAUAAAUUAUGUAUAUGUUGCUUCCAUCGAUAUGGUAUUUUGUAAUAUAUCAUUGUCAA